GGGUAGGAUUGCCAACAUCCCGGUGGAGCCUGGAGAUCUCCAGGAUUUACAGCUGAUCUCCAGACUACAGAGAUCAAUUCUCCAGGAAAAAAUGGCAGCUUUGGAGGGUAGAAUCUAUGAAUCUAUGGUACUGAAGUCCCUUCUCCAAACCACAACCUUCCUAGGCUCCUUCUCCAAAUCUGCAGGAAUUGUCCAGCUAAGUUGGCAACCCUAUAAAUGACAUCUUCUCUACAGCCUAGGGAAUGCAAACUAAUCAGAACAGAUAAAGAGAGUUAUGGAUUUUGCCUGCGCCUUGAGAAAGACAAAAAUGGUCACCUAAUUCGAAAUGUAAUACAAGGCAGCCCGGCUGAAAAGGCUGGUCUGAAAGAUGGUGACAGAGUCCUGAGGGUCAAUGGAGUAUUUGUAGACAAGGAAGAACAUGGACAGGUAGCUGACUUAGUUAGGAAAAAUAUAAAUUCUGUAGUAUUUCUCGUCUUGGAUGAAAAAUCUUACGAAAAAGCACAAAAAGAAAGAAUUGUUUUGGAAAAGCUGCGUCAGAAAUCAGAAACCCAGCAUCCGCCAGAACAUUUCCCACUUGAGACAAACAGAGAACCUGAUCCAGUUCCACAACCCUGGCUCUGCUACCUGACAAAGGAAGGGCAAACUAGCUACGGCUUCUCCUUGAAGACUACUGCAGGUCAAACAGGAUUGUUCAUUAUUGACGUAUCCCCCCAGGGGCCAGCUGCCAAAGCUGGAGUGCAGCUGAAUGACCGCCUAGUUGAAAUCAACGGAGAGAACGUGGAAAACGAUAUUCAUGAGGAAGUGGUUGAGAAGGUGAGAAGAUCUGGAAAUCACAUUGUGUUUCUGUUGUCAAAUAAAGAAACAGACUGCUAUUACAACAGACAGAACAUGCCACUAACGAAAGAAAUAGCCAGUUUGAAAUUUUUACCUCACAAACCCCGAACCAUUGAGCUCAAAAAGGGAAAUGAUGGCUAUGGAUUCUGUCUGAGGAUGGAACAAAAUGCCAAAGGUCACUUAAUUAAGGACAUUGACUCUGGCAGCCCUGCGGCUAAAGCAGGUCUCAAGGAAAAUGACAUUCUUGUGGCUGUAAAUGGAGAGCUGGUUGAGGCAAUGGACCACAACUCUGUGGUGGAGAAGAUCAAGGAGUCGGGUGAAAAAACUACACUGCUAGUGAUGGAUGAAAAGACCAGCACCAUGUACAAAAUGGCUCAAAUUUCUCCAUGUCUCCCCAGCCAUAAAACAUUAGUGCCGCCUCUAAGUGAAGAGGAAGAGCUGACAAGCCAUAUUGAGGAGGAGAGAGAGCCGCUCAGGGUCUGCAAUCUGGUUAAAGGUCCCAACGGAUUUGGUUUUCAUUUGAAUGCCAUCCAGGAUUUGCCUGGCCAGUUCAUCAAGAAGGUACAGAAGGGUGGACCAGCUGACACUGCUGGGCUGAAAGAUGAUGACAUUUUGAUAGAAGUGAACGGUGUGAAUGUGGAGAAUGAAGACUAUGAAAACGUGGUGGCGAGAAUCCGGGAAAGCAGCAACAGGCUGGUGUUACUAGUCUGUGCAGAAAAGGCUCACCAGCAUCUCAGGUCCAAGAAUCUCAGUGCAGCUGCUGCUUCUGAUGAAGCUCCACCACAUGAUUAUAGUAACGAUCCUCCUCCUUACACAGAUGUACAAGAGCCACAAAGACAGUUGUCUUCAGCACAUAAGACGGUCAGUUCCUCCUCCUCUUCACUCUCAGUUGCCUCAGAAGAAGAAGAAGAUACCAAAUUGUGAGGAUGCCACAGACCAAAAUCUCCCAGUUUUACUCCUAAUGGGCUACUCUGACUUGUUCCUAUUUUGAAGCAAAGUUAUUAUUACUAUAUAUGUUCACAUGAAACCUUCUCCCACUAUCUAAUGCAGAAGUUACUUCGAUUGGUCUGGUGGACCAACAGUGUCAUUAGUUUUAUUGGCUGUCACAGAAAAGAAAAAAAUAGUAAGAUACCAUGUUGCAAACUAAUAUGAUUUUAUUGUUAGCCACAUAUAAAACUAGCAAUUUACAAACAUGCAUAUUGUGUUAUGAACAACAAACAUACAUAGUCCAUAUUUAAACCGAAACUGCAAAGAAGUAUUGAUCAGAAUAUGAACUCCAAAAUAGAGGUCUUUUAGCAUGAAGGAAACAAACUGCCACAAAAAUAUUACAGAUGGAUUCCUUACAGGCAAAAAUGCCUGUGUGAGCCAAACAUGAAGUCAAGAAGAAAACGGGUCUGCCUUCAGAAGCCAAUGGAAAGCGGCGUAAAUCCGUUUAGCUCUUAAUGUGUUUCUUCAAGACAUUUCCCCAAUGCAUGCUAUCAUCACACUUUGCACAGCUAUGUCACUGUCUUAACUGAAGAUGAAACAUGGUGUUCUAUUUCCCCGAAUGUUUAUAACACGAUAGAAAAAACUGAAAGUCUCUCCAAUUGACAAAUUCACACGUGGCAUAUUUAACUACAUGUUACUACGUGUUUCCCAAACACAUUUGCAAUCAGUUUUUAAAGUGUAUCCUGUGUCUAGUAGCAAAUCUUGAGGCAGUCACUGUAAAAUGAAUAUAAUACUCAAAAUUCAAUAAUUAUAUAAACCUCUCAAUUAUUUUAAAUAAAAAUCCAAUUAAAAUUAAUUUAAAAUCAAAGAAUCAAGAUUAAAAGGAAAAACAAAGAAACCAAACACCAAUAAUAAAAGACUAAAUCUAAAAAUAUUAUUAGUGUGUUAUGUUAGUACUGUUAUUAUACUAAACUAAACUAAUAUUGUUAUUUAAAAACAUAAAAGGAUGUAGUAAAAAAUAAGAGAAUGAAUUUAAGCUUUGUUCCCUAGGAUACAACUCUCUUUACUGAAUCUGUCCCUGUAAGUUGCAGACAGCUUCUGGCUGACAUACCCACAGUAUUUAACAAUCAGCAGGAAUAAUUCUACAACUUUGUUAAAUAAAAUAAAAAAUGCAUAUCUGCUACCUAUUACUAGA